UAGCAAUCAAAUCAGAAUAAGCAUAAAGUGAUUAAUUAUGGCAAUUAGAGGUAUUAUUAGCACUCGCUUCUUGGCCUUGGAAUUAUUUGUUGUGGUAAUUGGGAUUAACAUGUUUUGUAACUUUCAUGGUGUCAAUGCACAAUUUUGCCAAGGAGCUGCUCUUUCUGAGAUUGCAACUAUAUGCUCCAAGUCUGUCAUGCCAUCAGCUCCGGUGACUCCUCCGUCGCCGGAGUGCUGCUCGGCGAUGAAACUUGCCGACCUGCCCUGCCUCUGUAAGCUUUUUACUAAAGAGAUUGAGAGAGUUUUGAGCCCAGAGAAAGUGAUCAAUGUUGCUAGGACUUGUGGAGUGACUGUUCCUGCUGGAUUACAAUGUGGAAGUUAUAAAGUUCCACCCCGGGCCUAAGUGAACACAUCUCUCGAGGAAGGCCUUUUAUGUCGUUGAAGUGUUUUUACACACUGGUUUAAGG